GUGCGUGCGCGGGCGGGCGGGCGGGCGUGCGGCGGCGCACGGGCUGAGCCGCGGUCCCCGGGAAUGUCGCUGGUCGGUAAAACGGGCGCCGUCGUGGCCGGAGUCGUCGGGGUGGCCCUGGUCGGGUAUUGCCUGUACUUCGACAGGAAGAGGAGGAGCGCCCCGGACUUCAAGAGAAAGUUGCGGGAAAGAAGAAGAAAACAGCGACAACAGGCUAAAGAAAAUGAUUUUGUUGGCAAGUUACCGGACAUGAAAGAUGUUGAAGCAGUACAGAAAUUCUUUCUUGAAGAAGUGCAAUUUGGAGAAGAAUUGCUGGCCAGAGGUGACUAUGAGAGAGGAGUCGACCAUUUAAGUAAUGCCGUGUCUGUAUGUGGUCAGCCCCAGCAACUGUUACAGGUCCUCCAACAAACACUACCACAGCCGGUGUUUCAAAUGCUCAUCCAAAGGUUACCUGUUGUUAGACAGCGCUUUCUUGCAGAUGUGAGUGCACAGAAUUUGGCAGAAGAUGAUGUUGAAUAAAAGAAGAGUACCUCACUGACUUCAGCUCCAACGUUUAUUCCACCAUCAUUAUAAACUCUGACCUCAAUGAUUACAGGAGACUUAGCUUUACAAAUGAAUGAAAAGUACAUGGUCCGUUUAUUUACUUUCAAAAUAAACCGCAUUUGGUCAACUGGA